AGAGGCAGGGGACAAGUUACCAAAGCCUUUCCCCACCCCUUCUUCACCCCACUCAGAGCCAGAUUAAGGAUGGGGCCCCGGGGGACUCGGGGAGAGAGAGAGAGAGAGAGACACAUGCAGUAGAGUGAAAUGUGCAAGAGAGCUGUGGAGUGUGUUACAGCCUGUCUGUCUGCAAUAUGUUUGAAAAAAGCAGUACUACUCGUCGGCCAGUAACUCCUAUCGCAUCUGAUGAUGAUGACGCUGCGGAAGCAGGUCCAUCAAAAGAAGUAUGGAGCAGCAGAAGUGGGACUUCUGUAAGACAUCACCACAAAAAACCUGUGGCCGAAAAGAAAGCAAGGUCGUAUGUCCAGGGCCAACCACAGCAGGCUACCCCGCCACGAAGAUUAUCGUCCGUAUGUUCUGUCCCCCCACUCCAAAUUUUGGACACACCUCCAAGACGUCAUCCACACUCCCCUCAUCUUGAUUCUUCUAGUCCUGGGAACAGCAUCCCUCCGCAACAACAGCAACACAGUGACAUGGAGGAGACAAACAUCUUAGAAAUGCAGCCAUUAAGCCAAGGAAUGAGCCCCCCAGCACCUGUGAGUACACCACCACAGCAAAGCACACCACCACCACCACAUCACAGCCCAACAACACCAGUAACACAAGGCCCUGAUCAGGUGUUUUGGACCAUUUGGGCUAGACAGCAGGCCACUAAUGAAGAUUGCCUGCGUAGGCAGACACAAAUGUUUGCAAGCCUACAAUGUCACCUCAGAAGAAUAUCAAGAAAUCUGAGUAGACAAAAUGAACAAACAACCAGAAUUGGCAAUACCAUGGAACUCAUGCGUACAGACAUUACACAGGUCAUGGGCAACUUACAGCGCAAAAUGGAAGAACAGCACAGACUAAUGGAAGAACAGUACAGACAACAGCAAAGUUAUAUGAACAUUUUUCAAAACAAUCAAAAGAUUAAUGAAACUUUAUUCCGAAUUGUAGACAAUCAAAAUGCUGCUACACAUGAACUCAAUGCCACCCUCACUAACCUGAAUGAAACACUCAGAUCCAUGCACCAACAGCAAACAAGCAGCAGUUCUGGUACGACUACUCCAAAUAUCACGCCAGUCUCAUCAUCACCAAGAUGCUCCACCAGAGCAUGACAACAUGACAGUGCUAAAGGCAAAGGGCAGGACAAGCAGCCACCCAAAAAAACGUGAAAAAAAACACUUUCACUCACUAGCCUCUUCCCUCUUGUAUGGAAGGAUGUGCAUGUGUGUUCUUCUUGCGUGUGUACUUCCUGACAUACCUGCCUUUUGAAAAAGAUGCCCUGCUGGCGUUGAAACGCGUUAAGGACACAGGUGGUUCUGUGGACCAACCCCUGCUUCAUACCCUUUGCAGCGAGGCUCAAUCGGAGCUGCCCGUGGGAGCUCAUCCUGGACACUGCCACUGAGAGCACAGCUAACACCUGCCGCAUAGCCAACGCACAGCCGCCGGGGCUCCAGUGCCUUCAUCCACUCGUCAGCGGUGAUCCGACAGCUCUGGGAGCGGCUGCAUCCUGCUCAAGCCCGGCGGCGACUGCGGACAUCGCUCUCCCCCACAGGGACUCACACUGACCGGCUGAAAGAGAUCGCUCCGGGCUCUCCCUGCUGCCACUAAUCCAGUGGCUUGGGUCCUAACAACAGCAUACCUGCUUUACAACCAUUGCUCACACGAGCACAGCAUUGAAGAUCAUUAGGGAUCUAUUGCCUACAAGAGUGUCGGACCCGGCACACACCUAAAUGGAUUAAGGACCGCCCGGGAUUCACAUACAUGAAAUGAGUGACUUGUUCUUGCACACAGACUUUUAACACUUCAGUUAUUUUAACAGUGCAAAUUCUGUUUAAUUCAUUCAGAACGCUACCUUUGGGGUAUAUAUACCAUAAGAAAACCCCUGCAUCAAAUUUGUUGAUAAAUCCUGUACUGGAUGUUCAGGGACACUGUACCUAACAGAUUUUAUGUUAUAUUAAUUCAUUUGUAUCACACUCCCGGGA